AUGAUACAAUACAUAGAGACAAAAGAUAUGUUGUUAUCCAAGGUAACCAAACCAAGUAAUGGGCCAGGGACCAGAGAAUAUGAGAAAGGAGGGAAGUCAGGUAUGUAUAAUGAUACAGAAAUAUGGAAACAUAUAGAUAUGCAAGAUCCAAAUGAUUUUGAUAAUCUUGGCAUUGAACUUGAGAGCCAUGGAAUUUAA